GAAGAAGGGGAUGCAUUUUGUAUUCACCCUGAACCCAUCUUUGGAUGCCGGACUGCCCAUAGACUUUGCUACAAAAACCGUGGAAGAGCAGUUUGAGUGGUACCAGAUGCUGUGGAAGAUCAUGCAGAAAAAUCUGUGCCAGCAAUUCAAGAUCACAAUAAGCGAAAAGAAGGACCUUGUUGCCGCUGAAAUGUCUGACCUUGCUGUUUACUGCCAACCAAAGAUCAAAGACUUGGAAUGUUUUGACAAAUAUGACUUCAAAGAGAUUCGAUCCUUUGCAGAAAACAAGGCUCCUAUUGGCAAGAAUUGUGCAAGUGAGUUUUUCAAAUACAACUGCAAAGCCCUUAGCCGAAUCUACCCUAAAGGAGAAAGGCUGGACUCCUCCAAUUUUAACCCUUGUCCUUUAUGGAAAUGUGGAUGUCAGAUGGUGGCACUUAACUUCCAGUCUCCAGAUAAAUACUUGCAGAUCAGCAAUGCCUUGUUUAGUCUAAAUGGGAAAUGUGGUUAUGUGUUGAAACCAGAAAAACUGAGAAAUAACCAGUACAAAAUCCUAAGCAAGAAUGGCACAGACAAAUGGGUUAUACAUCUCAAAGUUAUUGCUGCCCGACAUUUGCCUAAAUCAAGAAAGGCUAUCAUCAGCCCAUUUGUGGUAGUUGAACUCUGUGAAGAUAAUUCUAAAGAAAAUAAAUACAAGACAUUAUUAAUAAAAGAAAAUGGGCUGAAUCCAGUUUGGAAGACCAGACCUGAAAUAGUUGAGUUUACUGUGUGUGAUCCUCACUGUGCCUUUCUUCACUUUGAGGUAAAUGAGGAGGAUGUGCUUAGUGAACCCGCUCUUUUGGCACAAGCAACUUUUCCUGUUGUUGGACUCAAAACAGGUUAUAGAUCAGUUCCUCUGAAAAAUGGAUUCAGUGAAGAUAUCGAACUGGCCUCACUUCUUGUCUUUGUUGAGGUUAAACAUUCAAGAAUAUAAGAUUCAGUUAAUGGCUUCAAGACAGAUCAGUUUAGCAAAAAAAAAUCAAUGCAUUUGGAUCAACAAAAAUUGAAUAAAGAUAAAUUUUUAUACAGGAAAACUGAAUUUAUUUUGUAAAUGCAGAAUACAUUAAUUACAAUAUGAAUUAGGAGGAGAAAUGAGAAUGUAGGAAGAAUUUAAAA